GAUAUGGAAAUUAUUGUUAAAGAAAAAGGCUAAAAAAGAAAAAGGAAGAUAAGCACAGGAAAGGAUGGCGAGAACGCGUCAUGGUGAUUGGUGGGGCGUAGAACGCGGUGUGUUAAUGUGGAAAAAAAAUAAAAAAACACAUUUAAUUGACUUCUCCUCAGUUUUCGUGUCAACGGUUCGAGGGUCCUGAAGCCUCAUCACCAGUCUCUUCUUCUUUCAUUACACACUUGUCCUUCUCUUGCCUCUUCCUCUUCUUUCUCUUUUGUUUUCCUCUUUUUUUAGCUCCUACUAUUUCCAUUAUUGUUUUUUAUAUAUAUAUAUACUUACUUCACAAUUCAAUUACACACCAUGACCGGCAAAGAAAUCCUCUAUAAAAUGAAGGAAAAAGUUGGACUAGGUUCAUCUGCUGAUUCUGGAAAAGGGAAGAGUAAGAUGUCAAAGAACAUAACACAUGGCUAUCACUUGGUAAAGGGAAAAUCAACUCAUCCUAUGGAAGACUAUGUUGUUGCACAGUUUAGACAAGUUGAGGACAAUGAACUUGGUUUAUUUGCAAUAUUUGAUGGGCAUUUGAGCCAUGAAAUUCCUGACUAUCUGCGGACACAUUUGUUUGAAACAAUCUUAAAUGAGCCUAACUUCUGGACAGAACCAGAGGCUGCAAUGCGGAGAGCUUAUAGCAUUACUGAUAAUACUAUUUUGGAGAAAGCAGUUGAUUUGGGUAAAGGAGGUUCAACUGCGGUUACAGCAAUAUUGAUCAACUGUCAGAAGCUGGUAGUAGCCAAUCUUGGCGAUUCUCGGGCAAUUAUAUGCAAGAAUGGUGUGGCCAAGCAGCUUUCAAUUGAUCAUGAGCCAAGCAUGGAAAAGGAUGAGAUUGAAGGCAGAGGCGGGUUUGUGUCAAACUUUCCAGGAGAUGUUCCGCGAGUUGAUGGACAGUUGGCAGUGGCAAGAGCAUUUGGUGACAAGAGCUUGAAAAAACAUCUCAGUUCAGAACCAGAUGUGGAAGUAGAGAUGAUUGAUAAUGAUACAGAGUUCAUUAUCUUGGCAAGUGAUGGAUUAUGGAAGGUAAUGUCAAACCAAGAAGCAGCAGAUGCCAUCAAGAAUAUAAAGGAUGCUCGGUCUGCAGCGAAGCAUCUUACUGAAGAGGCGCUAGCUAGAAACAGCUCGGAUGACAUUUCCGUUAUAGUUGUAAGAUUUGGGUGAGAUGCAAGCCAGUUUAUACUUCUGUUCGAUAAAAAUCUCCACCAGUGUGUUAUUACCCUUGGUAGAGUAAUGAGCAAUCUCAAUACCUUGUGCCAUAAAAGAAUACUUUUGUGUUCGCCUCAUCAAUGUUAUAUAUUUUGGCAAAAUGGCAUUAAAUUGUAUAAUAUUUCUUGUUCAAACAUACUGUUCCUCUGGUUGACCGAUUAUGGAAAACAUUGAGCUUGUAGUUUUGCACUUUUGCUUAUAUGGUGUUGCCUUUGUAGCUGUGUUGAAACUU